GAAAGGAUCUCUCCGGAGAUGCGCGUGAUCUUCUAGGGAAGCGAUCCAGCGUCUAACAGGGGUAAGCCGGUUGGAAAAUAGGGUUGCAAAGAGGACCCAAGGGCAGACGCGGACCUUGAAGAGGCCGCCGCAUUCCCGCAUGCAAUGGCAGAUCCACAAGCGAUUCGCAGACACAGCACUGGAGGCUCCUGGCAGCCUCGAGGACGAGGAAGGGGCUAUUACAGAAACGGAGCCAACAGGCAAAAUGGGCACCAGAGGAUUUUGCCUGCAGAUCUCCUUGCAGUCGCUGAUCUUGGUGAGAGUUCACAGCAAAUAAUUACGGAAUUGCUUGAAGCCAACCAAGGGCCUUAUAGUGGAUGGAAGUUGUACAACAAGCAAGAAAGCUUUAAAGAAGGUUCGCCUACCGUUGUCAAAGUGAGGGCGGUGGAAGGUUUCAUCAGCAGACACCCUGGCCUGGUCAAGACGGCUGAGGUAAAGGAAAGGAAGGCAUUUCCUGUAAACCUGAAAAUGCUGAUGAGUGACGACGUUUUCAUGGACUCCUGGCCGGAUUUUGCCAAUGAAUUGAUUGAUUCUCCUGAAAUGACACUCAACAUCCUAGGACUAGCCAUGCACCAAAGUGUGUGCGAGUCGCUGAAACUUGAGCUUUCCAAGUAUGUGGACGACGAAGACCCGACUCCUCCAAAAGUCGAGCUGCCCGUCGUCAGAGCUCGAAUCAUCGGCCACGAGCCUGUGAUCCAACUGAAGCAGCUCAAGGCCAACUACUUUGGCAAGUUGGUUACCAUCAGAGGCACCAUCAUCAGGGUGGGAGGCCUCAAACUGCAGUGCACCUGGCUGGCUUACUCGUGCAAUACCUGCGGCUUUGUCCAGGCGGUGAGACAACCAGAGGGCAGCUUCACUCAGCCCAGCAGCUGCGUCCAGAAUGGGUGCAAGUCGAGAACCUUCACCCCAUUGCACUCGCACAAGUUGACUCAAACUUGCAACUGGCAGACUGCUAAGCUUCAGGAGAACUUGGAUGAUGACCAGCGAGAAGGUGGAAGAGUUCCUCGAACCCUAGAAGUUGAGAUGACUGAGGACUUGGUUGAAACGUGUGUUCCCGGCGACGAGGUCACAGUUACAGGCAUUGUCAAGGUUUUAAAUACCGAGGAAGUGAAACAGAAAGGCCCAAACAUGUUCCUUUUGUACUUGGAUGCAGUUUCUAUGACCAGCAACAAGAGCAAUGGAGGUCUCUCAUCAGGAGACAUCAAAUUCAACGCUCAAGACAACAACGCAAUCAAGGCUAUUCACUCGGAGCCUGAUUUGUUUCGACUCUUAGUUAAUUCUUUGUGCCCCUCAAUCUAUGGGCAUGAGAUGGUUAAAGCCGGUCUCUUGCUGGCGCUCCUAGGAGGUACCCCUCGAGAUCCAGGUUCUGGAAGGUCUGACGCUCACAUUCUGGUUGUGGGAGACCCUGGGCUUGGCAAGUCUCAAAUGCUUCGUGCCGUGACCAUCGUUGCACCUAGGGGUGUGUAUGUUUGUGGAAACACCAGCACAACCUCAGGCCUCACUGUCACCCUGACAAGAGAAAGUGGCGGUGACUUUGCUUUGGAGGCCGGCGCCUUAGUUUUGGCUGACCAGGGUUGCUGUUGCAUUGAUGAGUUUGACAAGAUGUCAAAUCAACACCAGGCCCUACUUGAAACAAUGGAACAGCAAAGUGUCAGCGUUGCCAAAGCUGGCGUGGUCUGCUCGCUGCCAGCGAGAGCCUCCGUCUUGGCUGCUGCCAACCCUAUUGGAGGGCACUAUAACAGAGCCAAGACCGUCGCUGAGAAUCUCAAAAUGGGACCUGCGCUGCUAUCUCGCUUUGAUUUGGUUUUCAUCCUGCUUGACCAGCCCAAUGAGCAAUUAGAUUCCUUACUCUCCGAGCACAUUAUGGCCUUGCACUCAGGGAAGAAAAUGAAAAUGGGCUCCCUUGAUCGGAGCCGUGCCGACAGCCAAUUGAGUUCCUUCUCUGCAGAUGUGCCACUGAGUGAAAGGCUAAAGCAGCCCCAAGCAGAACAACUGGACCUUAUUCCGCCGCAACUGCUGCGCAAAUACAUUGCCUAUGCUAAGAAAAAUGUGCAUCCAAAACUAAGCAAAGAGGCGGCUGAGGUGCUGCAGCAAUUUUACCUCAAGCUGCGCUCACAACGAGGUCAUCAGGACUGCACUCCUGUGACCACCAGGCAGCUGGAAUCUCUCAUUCGACUUACUGAGGCCAGAGCCAAACUGGAGCUUCGAAAAGAGGCCACUAAACAAGAUGCCCGAGACGUGGUUGAGCUUAUGAAGCACUCUUUAUUGGACACUUUUUGUGACGAACUUGGCGCUCUUGAUUUUCAAAGGUCUCAAAAUGGAUCAGGAACAAGCAGUAGAUCUCAAGCCAAAAAGUUCAUUGGUAUCCUGCAGCGCAAAGCUGAGUUGCAGACAAAAUCUCUUUUCACUGUCUCUGAGAUGAAGGAAGUGGCCGCUCAAGCCAGAAUUGUAGUGCCAGACUUCAACAACUUUGUUGCCACUCUCAACUUGCAGGGUUUUCUGUUGAAGAAAGGAGCAAACAUUUACCAAUUGCAAUCUGCGGAUUAUUAAAUAGUCCAUCGGUUAAAAAUUAUUUUGCUCUUUAAUGUGCAAGAAAUGCAUUUUUUUUAGUUUCAUGCCAUCAUAAGUUAA